AUGUCGCUAUUCUUCUUCCGGUUGCACAAUCUCCAGCGCGAGGAGGCGAACAAGAAGCGGAAAAAACAACAACAACAGCAACAGCAGCAGCGCCAGCGGCAAAGGCGCGGUGCCAAAGUCUUCCGGGGUGUGUCCUGUAAUUCCGGCCUCAGCCACCUGACGCUUGGACCGUCUCGGCUCUUCGAGAAGACACCCAUGAGCCCGUCCGACAGUCUCGACGAGAUUGCACUGCAGAUCCCCAGAGUACGGGUAGAAUAUUACGUAAAUGAAAACACAUUCAAAGAAAGACUGCAACUAUAUUUUAUAAAGAAUCAAAGAUCAAGUUUAAGGAUCCGUAUCGCAAACUUAUUCUUCAAGUUAUUAACAUGCAUACUGUACAUAUUUCGCGUAGUUACGGAUCUGAAUCCAACGUUUGCAACUUGUUACGGCUGUAAGGUGGGCAACAAAACGGAAUUUUUGUGGUCGGCAACACGCACCGAGGAAGCGUUUCAGGAAGAUCCCAUCAUCAAUUGGGACGCGAUCCUAUGGGUAAAUCGGCCUACCGAGCUUUGGGCCGUACAGUUGGUGCUGGCACUUGUUUCACUCACAGAAGCGCUGCUCAUGGCGUACCUAGGAUAUAAGGGCAACAUCUGGCAGCAAAUUUUAUCGUUUCAUUUUAUUCUGGAGCUCGUUACAACGAUCCCAUUUGCAGUGACGAUUUUAUGGCCUCCGUUCAGGAACUUAUUCAUUCCAGUGUUUCUGAACUGCUGGCUCGCUAAACGAUCGCUGGAAAACAUGUUUAAUGAUCUCCACCGAGCGAUGCAAAAGUCACAAUCAGCGCUAUCGCAACAACUCACGAUAUUGUCAGCAACUCUUCUCUGCCUAGUGUUCACAAGCGUUUGCGGUAUACAACACUUUCAACGGGCUGGGCAUCGACACCUCAAUCUGUUUCAGAGCACCUAUUACGUGGUGGUAACAUUCUCGACUGUUGGAUAUGGUGAUUUUGUGCCGGAUAUCUGGCCCUCCCAACUGUUUAUGGUCAUCAUGAUUUGUGUAGCACUGAUAGUACUUCCAACGCAAUUUGAGCAGCUGGCGUUCACGUGGAUGGAGCGCCAGAAGCUAGGAGGCAGUUACUCCUCACACCGGGCGCAAAGUGAAAAGCACGUCGUUGUCUGUUCGACUACGCUGCACGCGGACACUAUCAUGGACUUCCUGAACGAGUUUUACGCUCAUCCGUUGCUGCAAGACUACUACGUCGUACUGCUCAGCCCAAUGGAACUCGACACCACCAUGCGAAUGAUCCUUCAGGUACCGAUCUGGGCUCAACGCGUCAUCUACAUCCAGGGCUCUUGUCUCAAAGACGGGGAUCUGGCGCGUGCCCGUAUGGCCGAAGCUGAGGCGUGCUUCAUACUGGCUGCCCGCAGUUACGCUGACAAGACAGCCGCGGACGAACAUGCUAUUUUGCGUUCCUGGGCCGUGAAGGACUUCGCACCCAAUAUCCCGCAGUAUGUGCAAAUUUUCCGACCGGAGAAUAAAUUGCAUGUAAAGUUUGCCGAGCAUGUCGUCUGCGAGGACGAGUUCAAAUAUGCAUUGCUCGCUAACAACUGCACAUGCCCCGGGGCAAGCACACUCGUCACGCUGUUGCUACACACGUCACGAGGACAAGAAGGCCAACAGUCGGCGGAAGAAUGGCACCGGUUGUACGGCAAAUGUUCAGGCAACGAGAUUUAUCACAUCGUGCUCGGGGACAGCCGGUUUUUCGGCGAAUAUGAGGGGAAAAGUUUCACCUACGCCAGUUUUCAUUCGCAUCGCAAAUAUGGAGUGGCCUUAGUCGGAGUGCGACCCGCAGAGCUGCCUGAGUUCUAUGAAGAAACGAUCCUUCUCAAUCCUGGACCUCGUCACAUCAUGAAGAAGGAUGACACUUGCUAUUACAUGAGCAUCACCAAGGAGGAAAACUCGGCCUUUGUAGUGAACCAGAACCAAAAUCAAAGUCCCGAUCAACCUCCGAAAGAAGCAACGACCUACACGGAAAGUGUUACUACUGGCGGAAGCAAUGCAGCGGCGGGUACUACAGCUGUCACCAGCGCCAUCACUAUAUCGGAUUCCAAGUCUUAUCUCAAGGAAAGUGUGGUAGUACCCUUCGCAGGGACUACUCAUACCACUACCGCAACCACGACCACGAUAACCCAAUCAACAUUAGGACCUCCAACCAUUUCAUCCGCAAACCAUCUAGAAAUACCUAGUGGCAACAAUCCAAAUUUGCUCAGUCCCGAUAUCCUCAAUCAACGAAGAGGCAGUCGAAGACCAUCGAUUCUACCAGUGCCGGACAUGUUCACAUCGUCAUCAUUUAGUAUCUCCGGUGAGGAUGGCAUCGACGGUGAGGACAAUGAGAGUGACGACGAAAUCGACGAUGACGUGCCGUGGCGAUCACCAUCGGAGAAAAUUGCUUGCGGAAGUGCAGAUCUUUCGCUCCUGCAAACGGUUUCGCUCGUACUGAGCUCAUCCGGCGAUUCAAAAUGUUGUAGUUCGACAUCCGAUACCAAAGAUUCAACUCACACACCCCCUGCAUGGCAUACUGACUGUUCCCGGAUUGUGAAAGGGUUUCCACCGGUUUCACCCUUCAUUGGCGUAAGUCCAACGUUGUGUUUUCUACUCAAGGAAAAGAAACCUCUCUGCUGCCUACAACUUGCUCAAGUCUGUGAACAUUGUAGCUAUAGAAAUGCAAAGGAAUACCAAUGGCAAAAUAAAACCAUAAUUCUAGCUGCCGAUUAUGCAUCCAAUGGCAUCUACAACUUCAUUAUUCCGUUGAGGGCUCACUUUCGCUCGAAAACGUCACUCAAUCCAAUCAUCCUAUUGCUGGAACGACGACCCGACAUUGCCUUUCUGGAUGCUAUCUCCUAUUUCCCACUGGUGUACUGGAUGUUGGGUUCAAUUGACUGUCUAGACGAUCUACUUCGGGCCGGUAUUACCUUGGCGGAGAAUGUUGUUGUCGUAAACAAGGAGCUAUCAAAUUCAGCCGAAGAAGAUACUUUAGCUGACUGUAACACCAUCGUUGCUGUGCAAACUAUGUUUAAAUUUUUUCCAAGCAUCCGUAGCAUUACCGAACUGUCCCAGAGCUCAAAUAUGAGGUUCAUGCAGUUCCGCGCCCACGACAAAUACGCCCUGCAUCUCAGUAAAAUGGAGAAGCGAGAGAAGGAGCGAGGCUCACACAUAUCAUACAUGUUUCGCUUACCGUUUGCGGCCGGCAACGUGUUCAGUGCUUCAAUGUUAGACACGCUGCUUUAUCAAGCCUUCGUGAAGGACUAUGUGAUAACAUUUGUGCGACUGCUGCUCGGCAUCGAUCAAGCACCGGGCAGUGGGUUCCUCACUUCGAUGAAGAUCACGAAAGAUGACAUGUGGAUACGAACAUACGGCCGGCUGUAUCAGAAGCUUUGCUCUACCACGUGCGAAAUUCCGAUCGGCAUCUACCGUACCCAGGACACGUCAAAUGCGGAUGCAUCACAUUAUGAAGAGGAAGUGGUUACAACCACCGCCACUGCUAGCAGUACAUCGGCCAGUGGUAUACCGAUCAAGGGUGUUGCGGAAGCGAACCUCAAGGGUAUUACGUACCGGCCGCCGCCGGCCACAAUCCGCAAGUCAUCGUCCUGUUUGGGUGGAUGCACCGCCCGUAAAGGAUCGAGCUACUCAAUCAAUAUGGCCGACGAGGCACGCGAUAAUCAUGUGCAGCAAAUUGAACGGGCCGAGAUCGCUAAUUUGGUGCGCAGUCGGAUGGAGUCACUCAAUCUCCCUAGCAUUGAUUAUGACGACGUAAGCGAAAAGCGUAACCAUUUAUCCUACGUUAUCAUCAACCCGUCGUGCGAUCUAAAGCUAGAGGAGGGCGAUAUCAUUUACCUGGUGCGACCCUCUCCCUUUUCGGCCCAGAAAACUUUCGAGCGGCACAACUCGCGAAGAAAAUCAAAUAUAUCAUUCUGCUCCAAUAUCAAUCUGGCGGCGGCGACGGCCGGGUCACGGCGCGGGUCAGGCAUCGGGCUGAAUAACAUCGGUGGACCUCAGCCGAUGUCAGAUAGUCCUAAUGCAAUGGGACAGAUGCGGGGAAGGAGCAACUCCUUGAGGAUUGACAGUGAUAUUCUACUUAGACGGUCCAAUUCACUGCGUCAGGGACUACCGAAUAUCGGGGCAGCGGGACGUCGGAAAUCAUCGUUGGAAGAAAUUGGUAUUAGCCACUUUGCGACACUGAUGCAAGCUACAAAUCACUCAAAUCCAAUCAAGAUUGCCCUGAACGGAAGUAUCGGAUUGGAGGUAACUCCUCCAGAAGAACCAUUACCCAUCAUCGGGGUACCUUGUCUGAGCGGUGGCAUUAACCCAUCCUCUCUCGGUGGACCCGGUUCCGGACUGGGAGGAUCGACACUCGGCGGAUCCACACUAGGCGGUUCCACGCUCGGGCUAUGCACCGCAAUAGAUACAAAUAAUAGCGCCUCCACGCCGAACAUCCAGAUGCAGAACGAAUCCUCCCAGCAGCCGCAACAUUUGCAUGGUACGAUAGUAUGAUAUAACUUAAUGUGGGGCCGCAGGCUCCGCUCGGCGGUACGCAGCAACAAGUGGAUAUAGAGCUAGCCAAACACCCGUCGCUGUAGUCAUAGGUACUAGAAGGCACGCGGACGGAGGUACACAUUCAUACUUUGCUUCAGCCUCGCCAAGUCACUCCAUCGUCAUCAGAUCCGUGAAGCCUUCGCAGCCUAGAGAUUUACAACGAGAUUUAAUAGUGCCCUGUAUCCUGUAGUGAUUGGUAUCAUCUAACGUGGGUUAUUGGAAUUGAGAACUUGAAUCUACACAAAUGACCAAAUGUACCGAAUCGACAAAAAGGCAACGGGUUCGUUAUAGUGCUAUAGCAUACGCAGCAUUGACAAAUAACAUUUACCGUAAAAUUCAUGAUGAAAACUUACUAACAGCUGGACAAAAAAGUGGACCGAAGAAAACACAAAAAGGUAAAUUUUGUACUUAAGAUUGUUGCUAAUUUUAGUAUUCCUAUUGAAGGACACUACAAACUACUACUAAUAGUAUUUCUAAAACGAUUGUUUGAUAGUAAAUCUGUUACAUUUAGAAAGAGAAAAACCCGCACAUGAGAGGGAUGAGGGGUGAGAUAGAGGGAACAAAAUGCAUAUAGAAACUAGGUUCAAGCUAUUGGAGCAUUCUGUACAUAUUAGGCCAAUGGGAAACGAAUGGAACACGAAAACAAUGUCAACCAAAUUAACAAAACCGAGCUGCGAGAGGUUGUAGAAUACUCCGUGUUACUUCGACUACAGUCGCAGCACCUCAUCAGAUAAAAGAGAUAGAAUGCGAUUAACGAAGUAAUUAAACAUAUCCAUUGCGAACAUAUUAUCCUGUACAUAUAUAGCUAUAAUGUAGUAUGCAUAUAUCAAAUUUACUUAAAGUUGCUAUAUAUUUGAUUAUUUCUUUUGCAUCAAUAUAAAGCUUUGAGACGAACCUUAUAAAGCUGCUCAUGACGAACCUUAAGCGAAUUUGCGCCUAUAAAUCCAAUACCAAGCGGUCCAAUGUAGUGGUAGAACAGUAGAUAAAGACGCACACCGCGCACUCCGAGUAUGACAAACAGUAGUAGUUUAAUGACGAUUGAUGUCAAAGCAUGUUAAGAACUAGUAUGUAUUAAUCGCGCAUUAAUCGCGAGCAGAGAAACGAUCGGAAGAGGCAUAACCAGUUCAUAACUGCUGUACAUAAAAUGUACGUGCGUGAGCGCUUAAGUGAAAUGAAAGUCACACAAAACAGUAGAAGCAAUGCAUCGAAAUAUUUAGCUUCAAAUAUUGUUAUUACAUUUUAAACUGUUGCAACUCAUCUUAAAGUAAUCAGUAUUGAUGAUGGUUCUGCUUUGUAGGGUAUUUUUUUUUUGUUCAUCUUUUGCACUCUUUAAAACAACCUGUAAGACAGCAGGAAAGUGAAGAAAAUUAGACAUAGGACAAAUUCUCCGUACCCCAUUUUCCAGCCCUUGUGAUAAAUGAUCAAAUUUAGUAAUAUCCUCGCCGGUCAUCGUUCGGGAUUUUAUUAUUAAAGGUAGAUUUAGGACCUGCAAGAGUCGGUUACGUUUAUCCUCCGAAAGCUCGAUUUUAGUUACUGCUUCGGAAAAUGUUUAUCAUGCCUUUAGAUUUUUUAUACAUGAUCUUGAUAGUGACCAGAGCAUACUUAAACCUGAAAGAAACAAAACCACGUUAUAUAAAAUGAGUAGGUUGGAUACAAAUGGAUACAAAUAAAUGUAUAUUUUUGUAGUCCAAUCGUGUACAAGGUCACGAAGGUAACUUUGUUGUUUUCAUACACACGAACGUUAUAUUUACGCCAACGUAAAAAAAAUAUUAUAUACAAAAGUCACAAACCAUGACCACAUCUAAAACGAUUGCGAAGAUUAAGAUUUACGUAGGAUAUGUUAAGCAACUAGGCAGUCUUGUAGCAAAACAAAUAUAUACAGUCCUAAUCAUGUUUACUAGUAAUCGUGUUGGUAGGGAACAAACUAUGUUGCUGUAACUGUAAUAUUUUGCUAUAAAAUUAUCGCUCCUCUAAAAACAGUUUACUGUUCAUUAAAUGCAGUUCUAAUGUGUUUUUAACAGACUUUUCUUAAAUUCUCAUAUAUCGACAACUUUAUCUGAAAUAUGAAUGAAUCAAAAACCAGUUUACAUGAUCAGAAAAUUGGAUGUGCAAGAAGGCAAACUGACCCGUAACCCAUAAUCUGUUUGAUAUUAUUUGUAGUUCUUUUUGUCUAAAACUAUUCCCUGAUACUCUGAGGAAUAUAGAAAAUUGUACAAGCAUUAUGAUUACGAUACUUACCAAAGCCCCAAACCCAAGAUCUAUUUGUGUCUUAAAUGUUGAUGUAAUUCAAUUAUAGACUUUUCAAACGUUUUAAGCUGCUUGGCGCUUGUGUUUUAAUAAAUACUCUUCAUGUGAGUUAUAAUUUGCUAUGUUCAUUCUCCUUUCGAAAAAAAUAUAAGUAAACUUAUUAAUAAGUUUACAUAACAACACUACCAACAUUACUAGUACACAAGAAAAGAAUCACUGUAAAACACACGCACAGCUCAAAAAGUCAAAGAGAGUCAAAAACCAAAAAAUAAUGUCAGUGAGUAAUGUGAAAUUUUGUUUUACGGGGAAUCAAUCAAAGAAAAAGUAAUUUUUCGAUUUUCUGAUUGUUUUUCAUACGAUUUUCAAAGCGUAACCUUUAAAAAAACUAACAAAGCAUCACAAACAGACGAGGCGGAUCUUAACGCUCCAAUGGACGUAAGAAAAAAAUCAUCGCUUUGGUAUACCAUAAACGCUUUAUAAAAUGACAUGAAAGAAUUACGAAGAGAGUUAAAAUGGCAACUAGAACGCACCAGAAUGAGUUUGAGCUGACGGGUGUCGAAUUUUCUCAGGAUAGCCUUCAGGAGCUGGAAAUGCGUGAGAAUAAUCGUGAGAAUGAUCGCAAGGAUAACCGUAAGUAUAAUUGUAGACCUUACGCAGAAAAAAAAUAACGGGUGAAAGUAUCGGGACUUGCAAAAAAAAACACUUAACUAACUAGUCAUCAAACACCCCUAAACAUGUGAGCAAGGGGACGAAACAGCAUGAUAGAGAUUGAAAGACAGAAAGACAGAAAGAAAAUAAUAAAGAAUCAUAACUGCAAGUACCAAUAAAAAUUCGUGAUUAAUGAACUUAACCGGAAAAACGGACAAGGGAAUGGAAGAAGCAAGCUUAGAGCUACAGCGAUCUCUCCACAUCCGGUUGCGUUAGUUACACGUUAGGCAUGGAAAAUAUAAGGUGGAAAAAGACGGCUCCUAGCAAGGGGAGUGCAUGAUAAAAUAAGAGAGUUCCCAAUACGUUCGAAUUACUGAGCUAAAUUCCAUACUACUUAACACGUUCAGCGCCGUGUCAAAAACGUUCAAUGCGAUUUCCAUAGAGCAUCACCCAAAUUUCGGUAAUGCGGCGCUGAGCGCGUUAAAGAAUUUGAAGUAAGGGACAAAACCGAUACAACUACUAAAAAUGCCUUAGCAAUGGAAUUUCAAGUUUCAAGUAUUGAAAUGUAUAUAGAAACAACUGUAAUCCUUUAAUCGUCACAAUCAAAGCGAUCGAGUACGAUAAAGCGAAACCAAACGAACGAUAUCCAAAUAAAUAAUUACAGUAUUGUAUAGUCAAAAUCCCAACAAAAAAGAACGAUGCUGUGUUGUGUAAGAUAGAAUGGAUAAGGAGUUUGUAAUAUAAACGAAAUGUAAGAUGAAGAGACAGCCUCCAACCAGCAUCGCACACGCUACCAACCCUUAAAAGAAUGGGUUUUUAAGGCCUCAAAUGGUGGAGGCACAGGCAGAGUUAUAGUACUUACCCACAAUAUCCAAAUAGAAUUGGAAACAAAACGCAAUUUACGAUAGGCUUAAAAAGUUUAGAUUUUGAUCUCCUUUUUCUAUAGAUAAUCGCACAUUUGAAGAAAAUCAUCCACAUUCAUGUGCCGCAGUGUCUAGACAAGCGACAUGUUUACAUUGUGAAUAUUGAAAUGUAAAUUUUGUCGUUUCGUUCUCGCACCAAAAAAUCUUUCACAUUCACUUUAUAUCAGAUUUUUAUAGUACGAGUCGCACUUAAGCAAACGUAUAGGGUGCAAUUUUGACACAAUAGGACCUCCUGAUACGAAAAACUCAUCUUUAAUACAGUGCUUACCAUUCGAAUCCUUUUUUGUCCAUACUUUAACUCUGACUCCUGUACAGUAUGUUCCCGAGUAACGCGAAUAAUGCGUGUCAGAGAAAUUCGCUUAACUCGAAGUCCUUUUAAAACAUUUUUUUCAUUUAUUAAUUAAGGAUCGAUUUCUUCUUUACACAUUGCUGUAAAUUCUUACCAAAAUAUAUGUUUAUAAUAAUGAAAUGAAACUUUUUUUUGUUAAAAUGAAGAUUGACAAAUAAAAAAUCCUAUUCCACAUACAAAAUUACACGAACUGUUAAAAUGUAAGAAACCCUUUUAGCAACCAAACAAAAUGGAAAAUUACGGAAGGAAGUAAUAAUAGACAAGCGAAAACAAAUCUUUUAUUAAAACCAGACACAUAAAAACAUUUAUUAUUAUCUCUUGAUUGAU